AUGUCCAACUCACCCUUCUCAUUGCUCAUUCUUUUGCUUCUUUACACCAUUUCAGCCUCGGCACAUCCUCCUCAAGAUUAUGAUGUGCCAUUCACUUCCUCCCCAGGGGAUAUUAUCUACACUCUCAAAGUGCCAACAUUAGAGGAAACCAACUUGGAUAAUCUCCUAUCCUUUGGUUACUACCAAAAAAGUUGUCAGCAAUUUGAAUCCAUCCUGCACAAGAAAGUGAUUGAAUGGAUUCAAAAGGAUCACACUUUAGCUGCUAGUCUCCUAAGGUUACAUUUCCAUGAUUGCUCUGUCAGGGGAUGUGAUGCCUCCAUUCUUUUGAACCAUGAUGGAAGUGAGAGGACAUCACAAGUAAGCAAGACACUGAGAGGAUUUGAAGUGAUUGAUGAUAUCAAGGCAGAGUUGGAGAAGAAUUGCCCCAAGACUGUUUCUUGUGCAGACAUUCUGACUGCUGCUACUAGGGAUGCUACUGUUAAGUUGGGUGGUCUAUAUUGGGCAGUUCCCUAUGGCAGGAAAGAUGGGCUGGUUUCCAUUGCCAAGGAAGCUGAAAUGGUGCCCAUGGGUCAUGAAAACAUUACUUAUUUGGUUGAGUUUCUCCAAUCCAAGGGCCUGAAUGUGCUUGACUUAGUUGUUCUCUCAGGGGCUCAUACAAUUGGAAGGGCUUCAUGUGGAUCCAUUCAAGAUAGGUUAUACAACUACCAAGGAACUGGGAAACCAGACCCAUCUAUAGAUCCCAAUUACCUCAACUUCUUGCAAAGAAAGUGUAGAUGGGCCUCAGAGGUUGUGGAUCUUGAUGCUACAACGCCAAGGGCCUUUGAUCCUGUGUACUACAUAAAUCUCAAGAAGAAAAAGGGGUUGUUAUCAACAGAUCAGUUGUUAUAUUCUGAUCCAAGGACUUCUCCCAUUGUUUCUGCAUUAGCUUCCGCGCCUUACAUUUUCAAGCACCAGUUUGCGGUGUCCAUGGCAAAGCUUGGUAACAUUGAAGUUCUCACGGGCCAGGAUGAAGGGGAAAUUAGGACCAACUGCAAUUUUGUCAAUGCUUAUUGA